AUGAUAAAAUUACACCUUACAAUCUUUUUAUGCUUGAUGUUGGCAAACGUUAUUAACGCUGGAGUAUUUCCAACUGAGCCUAUAGGAAAAACUGUUUACGUGCCAAAAUCCAAAGUGACCAUAAAAUGGAAAGAAGAUGAUAAUGUAGCACCACCACUUAAAGAUUUGAAAACUGUCACAGUAAGUUUUAUGACUGGUGGUGAUUUAAACCAAGUAAAACUUGAUACUAUUGGAACUGUUGCAGCAACCGCAAAAAAAUUAGAUUGGAUUGUGCCUGAAGUUGAUCCAAUCGGUCAAUGGUAUUUUUUAAAAUUUUCAUCCGGUGAAAAUAUUUUUUUUACAACACGAUUUACAAUCACUGAUACAAAAGGCAAAUUUCCUCCACAAGAUCCAAAUCCACCACCAUCAGGUCAAAAUCCCGGUAAAGUUGGUAAAAUAAUUAAAGCCAAAGAUCAUAAAAAACCUAAAGCUACACCCACUGAACCGAAAAACCAGGAUGAUGACGAUCCAAACAAACUUGUCAAAAAUACUACAACUACAUCUCCUAUUGUAACUCCUACUGCCGCAAGUGGUGCUACUACUACAACGCUCGUAGUCAGUUCAUCACGAUUUUGUGAUGAUGUAGGAUUAAG